AUGCUUCGAAAAGGCAACGAUGGUGAUACGCACUUUAAAAUGUGCAAGAAAAUAGCCCAGCUGACGAAGGUGAUUUACCAGCUGAAUACUCAAAACGAAGAUUUUGAUGCACGAAUAGCAUCAAUACGAAGUACACAUGAAACAGAGAUACAAACACUCUGUAAAGAUGCGGAACGUCGUAUAGAAGAGGUUCGAAAGGCUUUUCAUGAGGCGGAACAACAACGUAUUAGAGAUGUACAAGAGUUUCAAAAAAAGUGCAAGGCGGAGGUAGAAGAAGCGAGAGAGAAAUAUGUAGAGAAAGUGAGUUCCAUGACAGACGAGCUAUCAGCUUGUAAGAACCAUUUUGAUCAGACGAUUGCAGAUGUGAAGGCGCGUGACAAGUCAAAGGCAGAUGAGAUAGCGAAAAGUUGUGCGGCAAAGGAUGCAGAAAUGGCAAAUUUGGUACGGGAGUAUAAUGAACGCUACAAAUCCAUGUUAGCAGAGCAGAUGAAUGAGAAAGAGGCUUUGAAUGAAGAAUUACGUUCUUUGCAGUCAAAACUUGAUGCCGCUGUAGCACAACAUGUAGCAGAGGUAGAACAGUUAUCUGAUAAACUUAAAAAAUCAGAAGAUACCACCACACGUACGUUAGCCGACUUAGAAAAGUGGAAACAAAGUAGUAAUAGUUACGAAGAGGAGGUUAAAAGACUGCAACAAGAAUGUACAGUUUUGCGGGCCCAACUCGACGCAGAGAGCCAUUCACUUGGAGCUUCACGUGAUGUUGAAAUGACACUUCGGCGGGAUGCAGAAGAGUGGAAAAAGAAAUUUGAAGAGGUAGAUCAGGCCCGUACCCGUUUAGAGAAGUUAGUAAGUGAAAAGGAAGCUGAGUUUGCCAAGGCCCAGUCAGAUCUGACAAAUAUGGAAAAUCAAAUAAAUUUGUUGAAAACGGAACAAAAUAGUCUUAAACAUCAGCUAAGCCUUGCGGAAGAAAAAAAUGAACAACUCUCAAGUGAAGUGACAACUCUUCAAGGACGUGUGAAUCAGCUUCAAUCAAAAGUAAAAGAAUCAGAGGAUGCAGCAUCACAACAUCAGGGAACAGAAGCGUCAUUAAAGACUCGUUGUGAAGACUUACAGCGGCAGAUAGAUGAAACUAUUAGGAAAUAUCAAGCAGAAAUAGAUGCGCUCAAGUCAGAGCAUGAAAAGUCAAUAGCUGGUCUACACUCUGCUUCACAGAAGACAACUGACACAAUUGUAACACAACUUCGACGUGAAAUGGAUGAUCUUAAAAAUCAACACAAGGAAGAACUUCAUCAAUUGCAAGAGCGACAUAAACAACAGAUAGACCAAUUGGUGGCUGCACAUGAGACAGCUCUAGACAAGCUCCGCACUGAACUGGACACUGCCCGACGCCUCAGCGAAGAGCUACGGGCAGCAGGACAAGAGCGGGAGGCGGCACUUGUGACGGAGUUGCAAAAUAAAGUAACGGCGUUACAAGCGGAGAAGUUACAGGCAGAGCGAGAGGUGGCGAGUGCAGCAGAGCGAGAGAGAGCGCUACAGGCGGAACUGACAUCCUUGCAAACGGAACUAACAGCCUCGCAGUCGCAAGAGACGCAGUUGCGAGCGGAACUAACGGCAUCGCAAGCGGAACUGACAGCCUCACGAGCGAAGCGGACGAUGUUGGAGUCGGAGCUGACGGCAUCGCGUGAGGAGGUGGCCGCACUGCGGGCGGAGGUGGAGCGCCUUCGCGGGGCGGAAGUGGCGCGGGGGGCGGCGCUGGCCGGCGAACACGAGCGGGCGCUGCAGGCGCUGCGGGCCGAACACGAAGAGGCGCUGCGGCGACUGGCGGCGGCCCACGCGGAGGCGGCGGCGGCGGCGGAGGAGGCCCACCGGCGGGAGGUGCGGGAACUUGUCGAGUCGACCAACCGCAAGUUGGAGGCGGAGCGGGCGGCAGGGCGGCGGGCAGACGCGGACGCCACGGAGUUGCGGCGGCAGCUCGAGGAGGAACUCGCGCAGCAGCGGCGGGCGGCCGAAACGGAUAAACGCCACGCGGCAGAAGAGUUCAACAAACUCGACAUUGCGCGGCAGGAGGUGGAGGCGGAGGUGCGACGGCUGGUCGGUGAGUGCGACAAGCUGCGGACGGAACUCCGUGACACCAAUGACGCACUGCAGAAAGCGAAGACAGAAUCGGCGGAAAUGCAAAGUGCACUCCGACAAGUGCAGGCUCGCGAGAGUGAACUAAGGGAGGCUAUGCGGCGACUAGAGGAAAUGACAAACCGUUCACGAAUAGAAGUGGAGGAGCAGCAUAAGGCAUACAUUAAUAGUAUAGAACUGCGGCACGUACAGAGAAUGCAGGUCGCUAUAGAUGAGCUUCGAGUAUCCUUAACGGCGGAACGCAAUGCGGUGCAGCGUCGUGGUGAUGAGGCCCUAGCGGCUCUGCAGCAAAAGUAUACAGACACACAAAUUCAGCUUGAUUCUCUAAAAAACCAACUAGCAGCGGUAAAACACGAACUGGAAAACCGAAAAGAUGAACUUGUUCGUGAGCGGAAUAACAUGAAGAAUGCCCAAAUAGAAUUUGACUCCACUAUAAAUGCCAUGCGACAAGAUUUUGAAAAAGAAAGAGAAGAAAUGCGACGACAAAGAGAAUGUGAUUUAAAUGAAAUAGCUGCAAAACACAAGGGUUUCAUAGAUGACUUAAUGCAGCAACACCGUGAGGAACACGAUAUUAAGGAUGGUGUGCUACGGGAUCUGCGAGCGGAACUUGAUGAACUUCGGUAUCGAUAUGAAUAUCGUGAGUCUCGUCCUGAAGAUGUGGCGAUGAUUAACCGUCUUAUUAAGGAAGGUCGACAAAAAGAUCAAGCCCUUAACAAGGCGUUGAAUGACAUGAGGAUGUACAAACUGGAACUUAUUAAUCGAGAAGAGAAUUACAAUAAAGUCUUUGGACGACGCCCGCUUGUUGCAUCAAAUGGGGCAGAUGAAAAGACACAAAGAUAG